UCUUGGUCUACUACUUUCACAAUGUCUGAUGAUGCCAACACUCUUUCUGAGAGCUUCAACAAUUCGAUACUUGAAAAAAUAUACAGCAGAACAGCGACGUGCACGUUCGUAGUUCAGGCAGAGCAAGAUAUCUCAAGUCUCCGCGAAGCGUUUACCUCUGGAAGAAUAGAUCAUGCCGUGUUGGAAGCAAUGCUCGCUCAUGCUGCUGGGGACAACGACGAACACACUCCACGUCGAUAUGUCGCAUGUGCAAUAGUUACCGCCGGGCAGGAUGAGAAUAAAUUUGAACGAUUGAUAGAACUGGUGAAUACUUGGGUCCGGUACCUCUUCUGGCCUUUCAAAGCGAAUACAGCUGAUCUCGCUACACCGACUCUCGAUUUCGAGCCACGGCCUCCGUCGUUCAAAGAUGCGGUGAAAGAACGUGAUGGUUAUCGCUGCGUUGUAACAAAAAUCAUCGAUAGGAAGAAAGUUCCCCGGGAUUCGGAGGAAGAACGCACCCCGAUUGAAGUCGGUCAUAUCUUUAAGAGGGUAGUGGCCGCUGGAAAGCGUACUGAAAAAUCUUCGGCAGAGUACGUCACCUGGGACAUUUUGCGCCAUUUUAUUGCUUUAUCUGAGGAACAAGUCGCUGAACUUGAUACGGAUAUUGACUAUGUCUACAAUGGACUCACGCUGGAUGGGACUCUUCGUACAGAAUUUGAUGAAUUCGGGGGUUCGUUGCGUCCGGAUACAGGACAUCCCAACCGAUACCACUUUGAAUCUUUUGUCAGAAGCCCUCUACCUAUCAUGCGCGAACGCAAUAUUGAAGUCAUCGACUUUGAAGGAUGUCCAGAUGACCUUCGACCAAGCCGGAAGCUCAUACAAUUCCAUUACUCCCUUGCCAAGGUUUUACAUGUUAGUGGUGCUGGAAAGGUUAUUGAAUCGAUGUUGGAGCGGUUCCUCGAAGGGGGUAGUAAACAGGUGACUAUGAGUGCUGACGAUCUGGAGCUAUACUUGAGCACAGAGAGGAUGUCUCUUAUGUCGGUAUGAUAGUAUAUUGUAUUAUAUCGUGCACUAUCAAUCAUUGUUUCUUCAGUAGGG